AUUAAUUAUUAAAUAUUCGAUAAUUGUUAUUAUUAUUAUUAAAAAUUAUGCGUAAUUGUGAUAGCAAUUAUCAUUACAGAUAAAUUGCGAAAUUUGAUAAGAGUUUCAUAAAAACAUUAGAAUUUUAUGUGAAUUGAAUUGUUGAGAAAAUGGAAUUUUAUGAUAAAAAUUACGACAAGGAACAUCCAAGGAAUUUAAUACCAGAGUUAUGCAGACAGUUUUAUCAUCUUGGAUGGGUGACAGGUACCGGAGGUGGAAUUUCUAUAAAACAUGAAAACGAAAUUUACAUAGCACCAUCAGGAGUCCAAAAAGAACGAAUAGUGCCAGAAGAUAUGUUUGUCCAGACCAUAGACGGAGUUGACAUUUCUUCGCCACCAGCUGAGAAGAAAUUCAAGAAAUCUCAGUGUACUCCUCUGUUCAUGUGUGCUUACACGUCAAGGAAUGCUGGAGCUGUCAUCCACACGCACUCAAAGUUUGCUGUGAUGGCAACGCUGCUCUGGCCAGGUCGGGAAUUUCGAGUCACUCAUCUGGAAAUGAUUAAAGGUAUAAGGAACCAAAAAUUGAACAGAGCGUACAGAUUCGAUGAGGAGUUGGUGGUGCCAAUAAUUGAGAACACUCCAUUUGAAGAAGAUCUCAAAGAUCGUAUGGCGGAAGUCAUAAAAGACUACCCAGAAUCUUGUGCCGUUUUAGUACGUAGGCACGGCGUCUAUGUCUGGGGUGACAAUUGGCAGCAAGCUAAAACAAUGACAGAAUGUUAUGAUUAUCUAUUUGAUAUUGCGGUUCAAAUGAAACAAGCGGGUAUUGAUCCGUUGUUGACACCUGAAAAUUAUGAACUCAAGUAUCAGCUGUCUAAUAAAUAAUUCUAGUUUUAGAAUUAACAAUGAUACUGAAAUCAGUAGACACCUGAAAAUUUUUUUUACAAUAAUU